AUGAUUAGUUAUCGGAUAAUUAUUCUAUCCCUUACAACCAUUUGUCUAUCAAUGAUGAUGGCUAAUUUGCUUACAUUUAAUUUUUGCAUAAUCUGUAUGACCACUGAUAAUUAUGAUUACAUGGAUGAAAAUCUUAAAAUAGCUAAACUAAAUGAUUUAAAAUCUGAGAAUGAUUCUAAUCAAUCAAUACAGCAUGCUAUAGUGUUGUUUCUAACAAACAGAUCACAAUCAUCCAAUCAACAAUACAAACAAUUGGAUAAUAUUUCAUCACAAGAUAUUGAAAUUUUAUCCAUAUAUUCAAAUGAUACAAUUUUCUAUCGUCAACGUAUUAUCCGGAAAUCAGCGGAUUAUACGUAUACGUCAUUUGAACAGUCGAUCCUGUUUGCAGCUAUUGCAAUUGGUGCAUUACUUGCUAUUCUUCCAAUAAGUUACAGCAUUCAGCAUUACGGAACAAAGAAAACAUUCGCUAUUGUUAUGAUUAUUUCUGGAAUAUCGACAGGAUUAUGUCCUUUAGCUGCUUCCUUUGGUGUCAUCUAUUUGAUUAUCAGUCGAAUUUUGCAAGGUAUUGGUUUUGCAUCAUGCAUGCCACUUAUUGGUUCAGUAACAUCAACUUGGGCAAAACUUACCGAAAAUGGAUUAUUUAGUGGAGCACUAACGAGUUUCAUUCAGCUUGGUCCUGUAAUAACAAUGCCAAUGUCUGGCUUUUUAUGUUCAACAAGCCAAGGAUGGCCAAUGGUUUUUUAUGUUCAUGCAACAAUAACAUUGAUAUUCCUUAUGUUAUGGUGGAUAUUAUACAGCGAUCAACCAAGUGAUGCUCGUUGGAUUACCGCUUAUGAAUUAAAUUUGAUAAAUGAUGGAAAAACUGUUAAGACGAAACAAAGUGAUGAAAAGGUACCAUUUCAAGAAAUUUUUCAAACCUUAUCCGUUUGGGCUAUUUGGAUUGCAGCUGUCGGUAAUAUGUACAGUAUUCAAAUGGUCGUUGUUUUUGCGCCAACUUAUAUAAGUCAAGUGCUUGGUUUACCGAUUGUAAGCGUUGGUUUAACUGCAGCAUUACCGACUUUGUUGCAAUUUGCAAUUAAAAUGUUAGCUGGUACUACAAGUGAUAAAAUUACAUCACUUAGCGAAACUGCUAAGGUUCGCUUAUUUAAUACCAUAGCAUUCCUUGGUAUGGGUAUUUUCCUUAUUGCCCUAGCAUAUACACCAGCUAAUCGAACAAUUACAGCACUCAUUUUCCUAAUUAGUUCAACAACAAUUCUUGGCUUCAAUACGGGUGGUUUUUUCAAAAGUUCCACAUUGGUAGGUCGACAGUAUAGCUAUUUCAUCAAUGCCAUCGUGCAGCUGGUAAUGUGUAUAGCUAUGCUUACAGUACCGUUUAUUGUAACCGCAUUAACACCAAAUGGCCUAUCUGAGGAAUGGUACUAUGUAUUUAUCCUGCAUGCCAGUUUUCUGUUUAUCACCAACAUAGUAUUUUGUAAAUUUGGAAAAGGCACCGCAGCCGCAUUUACAUGUUGUAAUGGAAUACCAAUUGAUAAUACCACCGAUAAACAGCUCGAACCAGUAUUUUUGUAA